AUGUUUCGAAGAUAUAUUGGCGGCGGUGUUUGUGCAAGUCAGGCAAGGAUGGACGGGAAGACAGUCCUCAUCACAGGUGCUAAUGCUGGCAUUGGUAAAGAAACUGCGAUAGAUUUAGCAAGACGAGGUGCUCGAGUAAUCAUGGCGUGUCGUGAUAUGAAGAGAGGAGAAGAUGCUUUAAAUGAUGUCGCUGAGAAGACCGGCAGUUCCAAGUUGGUUUUAAAACAGCUUGACCUUGCAUCCCUCGCGUCUGUCCGUGCAUUGGCAGAAGAUAUCAACAAGACCGAGCCUGAGUUACAUGUCUUGAUCAACAAUGCUGGAGUGAUGGUUCCAUCAGAGCUUCAGAAGACCCAAGAUGACUUUGAAAUGCAGAUGGGAGUGAACCACCUUGGACAUUUCUUGCUCACAAACUUACUUAUUGACCUAUUAAAAUCAUCUCAGCCGUCCCGUAUUGUUCUGGUGUCGUCUUCGGCGCAUUCCCAGACAACGUCUUCAUCUUUCAACUUUGAUAAUAUUAACAGUGAGAAGUAUUAUAGAAAAUGGGAUGCAUAUGGUCAAAGUAAACUGGCAAUUGUCCUGUUCGCGAGAGAGUUGGCAAAGCGUUUGGAAGGCACUGGUGUAACAGCCAAUUCACUUCAUCCCGGUGCAAUCCAAACUGAGCUACAACGCAAUCUUGGCACGAUCGAGUCAAUAGCUAUGCGAAUUAUGUUUCUAUUUUUCAAGACUCCCACGGAAGGAGCGCAAACAAAUAUUCAUUUGGCAGUUUGUGAGGAGGUCGAAGGUGUGAGUGGCUUGUAUUUUGCUGAUUGUAAAGUGAAGGAGCCAUCAAGAGGAGCUCAAGAUGACGAAGUAGCCAAGAAAUUGUGGGAAAUCAGCGCUCAGCUUGUAGGACUGGAUACCACUAUUUGA